AUGUGGAAAUAUUCAAAUAGUAUUCGAGGCAAUACUCUUCAGUUGACAACUAUUAAUAAUAUUAAAUGCCAAAUUCUACUUUAUAAAGGGUCUCAAACUGUAACUCAUCUAACAAAUAGACGGUCUAAACGAUUUCCUAUUAUCAUUAGAGGUUAUGUGUCGCCUGCUAAAGAAGAUCCCACAAAUAAGGCUAAGAAACAACAAAUAAUAAAUGAUCCAUAUUUUCCUAACAAGAUCCAGCCUACUCCUGUAGAAAUAUUUCAGGAUGCCUAUUCUAAUGGUUCUAUAGACAUUAAAAAAUUAAAGAAACAAUAUAAUUAUUUUGUGAAAUUAUAUCAUCCUGAUCAUUCCACAAAAAAAAAUAUUGUGAAAAAUAUGACAAUAUGUGAUUACCCACAUCCUUCACCAAUAUUGUUAACAGAUGCUGAGAAGUUGUUACGAUUUAAAAUAAUUUCAACUUCAUAUAAGUAUUUAUUAGAUCGAGCCAAGAAUAAUAUAUAUACUUCUAUUAGUGAUUCUCCUUUUAGCCAUCAUCGUUCUAGUCACGCUACCACUGCUGGCAGUAACACUAAUGGUUAUAAUAACUAUAAUUACAAUACUGCAAAUAGUAAUACUAGAUUUAAUGGCAAUUAUGCUUUUUCCAACACAUAUCAUUUUAAUGAAUGGGAAAACUCAACUUCUCAUGGUGGUGAGAGAUUUACAGUUAAAAAUGCCUUUAUUUGUAGUUUCUCACUCUUUGUAUGUUUUGAAGCAAUUGUUUAUUUGACAAAACUUCAAGAUAAAUUGUUAUCAGAGAAAUUACAAUCAGGCUAUACAGAAGAGAUGAUAUCUGCCAAUUUAAUGAAUUCAUAUACAAAUUUUGGUAUGAUGGGUGGAUCUGAGCGGGAAUCAAGAAUAAGAAGAUUUCUAUGGUUUAGGUCUUGUGGGUUAUAUUACGGUGAUAAUAAUUAUAAAGCUAACUUGGAUGAAGAAUUCGAAAAAAAUGAAAAAUUAAUGGAAAUUUUUAAAAAAAAUUAA